UUCAAAUUUUGAAAAUAAAAACAAACAUGGCGUCCUUGCGAUGCGAUGUAAACAAACGUGAAACCACAAAAUAGUUUAGGCUAAUCUCAAACAACUGCAUAUUCGAAUGCAGGAAGGGUUUCGUACUUAGAAUACUUAGUUAUAUUCAAAUGUGAAAGUGGUUCAAAACAUAUACGGGAGUUUUUUUUUACGAGAUUUGAAGCAGAACUCGCUGUUUACAAGUUGCCUGGUAACUCGAUUAUCAAUCUUCAGUUUGUACAAAACAGUUGAAGGUUAUAUGAAGUCAAGGUGCUCAUCUAUUGUAGUCGCUUAAGUUGUGAAGUUUAAUUUUUUAAAUACAGUGUAAACAUCUAUAAUUUAAAAAAUACAGAGCACGGAUUUUGGGUAUUGUAUGUAAUGGAUAUUUACUCAAGCAGUCAUGCAGGGAUGACAGUUUAAUCACUAUUCAAGAGAUAUCAACUGUAGCGAAGAAGUCAAAGAAAUACUAUCUGAACUUUUAGGAAUCUUAUACAUUCAAUUAACACCUGGUUUAAAAAAGAAUCUAAGAAGAGCAUACUUGUUCAUGAUUUAAUAUAAGCAUCAUAAUGUGGGAUAACUCACAUCACUAAACAUUUAUAUAAAGCCUUCUAUGAACUGAACUAUGGCAUUUAUGGAUCUAUCAGUCAAGGGAAAAGCGAGUCCAAGACAUGAGCGCCCAUUCAGCGGGAAACGAUCGGGAUAUGCAAACAGGAAUGCCGAUACCAAAGCAAAUAUAUUUGGAAUAAGUGAACCAAGUGGUAGACAAGAAGUUUCCAAAAGAGAUUUAGUGAAAACAAAUAGUAGUGGAAGUGUGAAAUCAAAUGGAAAGUACAAAACACCAAUUGCACCUCGAGGUUCUGAUGCAAUUACAAUACCAUCUGCUGGGAUCAUCUCACAAUCUGAAUUAGAAACAACUAAAAAGCUAGUUGGAUCAAGUGAGAAAACCAAAGUUGAACCAAAAGUGAUCACAGUCAAUGGUAAACUGUAUGUAGACAACCCCAGAAGACCAAGGUCCAGAAAAGCACCUGAUGGGGUGCCGAAAUUACAGUUGGGUGCACUUGCGGAUAGAGAUGACGAGUUGCAAAUUCCACGUGGUGACCAAAGCUGUAACUUGGCCACACCAGAUUCUCAAACCAGUGUAAGUUGGGGAACGCCGAUCAACAAUCAGUAUUAUAACAAUCAACAAGAGGAAACGAAUUACGAGGUUUGUGCGGAGAACGCAGAGGAAAGAAUGCUUUCUUCGUUACGACAAAAACCGAACGGAAUUCCAGAUCUCGACCUGCAACUCUCGCACAGUGGAAAUGAGCAGUUUAGAAAGGCGCUACGAGAAAGAAAUAAACGCGAAAAGCAAAACGAAAGCACUAAGUCUAAGGUAAAAUUGGACACGACGGAACCAUGGGCCGUUCAACCACAGAGAGACGCAGAGAUGUUGAUGAGAGUUGCUGAUGAAAAAGCAAGUAGUCUAAUACUAUAUGAAUUAGUUCACUUUGCUUACACGUUCAUAGCGAUGGAAACUGCGCACAAGGGCAAGUUUAUAGUACAUUACUGCGUUACACCACAUCACCAGUAUCUGUACGUUAGGACUAAGACUCAAUUGUUUCUUUUCGGCAAAACUUCGAGUAAACCCCGAAAAAAUGAAAUUAUUGAUGAGGCGCUUGUUGGUGACGAACUUAUGAGGGAAACUGUCACUAAUCCUCAGGCGAGAUCUCAAGCAUUCAAUAGCCCUACAGUUGGACCAAGAGAAAAACGACAUCAAGCGCUGUUUAAUAGGAAUCCUACGGCAACGACUACAGUCUCAGAGAACUUGCUUAGUCAACGAUUGAGGUUUUCAGCUCGUAUUCUAAGCAAGGAUGGUCAUGACGCUCAUCGAGAGUUGAAUGGUUUUUACUUUCCCGCUGAUAAUUCCCUGACUGUGUACGAGUUCAGGCAGUUUGGAAGCAGAUCGUCUGCUUUGCCCUUUAUUCAACGAGGGAAGUAUUACCACGCAAAAGGUAGAACAAAAGAUGAACCGUACUCAUACCAAGAUAUCUCAGUUGGCAAGGAUUUGGUAUUUGAGACAUCAGAGCAGUUGUCUUUACCAAACAAUUUGAAGCGCAAAACAUACGUUACCCUUCGUAUUACCGAUGUGGAUAUCGAUUCGAAACAAAAAAUAGCGUUCAAAGACACACAUACACCAAUAGGGGCUGUCUCGCCAUCACAUGAAUUACUACAAAGAACGACGACGAAAGAAGAUGCUAAGGAUAAAGAACUUAUCGCCGAAGUCAAAGCUUUAGUUCGUAGUCAGCUCAAGAAAAGAGGCGUAAAAACAAUGACAGGUCUUGGUAGACAUUUCCAAACUUUAGAUACGUCAGGAGAUGGUGCAUUGGACAAAGACGAGCUUAAGGAGGCACUGAAACAAUUUAAUAUCCAAAUACCUCCCGAGCGAUUCGAUGAGAUCUGGGAUAUCGUGGAUGCGAAUCAUGACGGGGCCUUGGACUAUGGAGAGUUCACCAGGAAUUUUAUUGGUGAAAUGAACGAGGGAAGAAAAUCACUUGUUUUAAAGGUGUUUAGGAAAAUGGACCCAAACAAACGUGGUGUGGUACCGUUAGUGAAUCUUGCAAAAUUUUACACUGCCAGACAACAUCCGCAUGUUAUAUCAGGCAAGGUAACUGAGGAUGAAGUUCGCAAGCAGUUGUUAAACACUUUCGACCAUUGUAAGAAAAAAGGAGAAGUUACAUAUGGGGAUUUUGAAGAUUAUUUUGAAGGCCUUAGUCUCACUAUCGAAGACGAUGAUGAAUUCAUAAUGAUAAUGAGAAACUGUUGGGCGAUCUGAAAUAACUGUUAUUAAAAUAUUAAUGUAUAUAUAGUAUUUCGCCGACUCGCCACGACACAAACGAGCCUUGAAGAAUAGACGUCAAAUUUUUAUUAUGAAAUACUGCAAAUUCGAAUUUUUAAGGGUAUAUGCCUUUUGGCCACACCUUGUACCAUAUAGUUAUAUUAACAUAAUUUUUGUACAAGAAAACUCUAAAACCUAGGCGCCGGUUGUAUAAACGGUGGUUGACUACGUUGUAACUACUUAAUAUGUUGUCAUGCAUGCAAGGCGUUUUAUACAACUGCCUCCUGAAGUUAAUAUACAUGAAAUACAGUAAUUUUUCUUAUACUUUGUUUUGUGUAAAAAUGUUCUUAUGUGUCCAUUAAACUUUUGGCCAAGAGUUUAAAUUUAGCCAGCCUGAAUGUCGUUUCAAGAGGCGUUUGUAACUGUCUACAGGGUGCAUGUCAAAAAUAAACUAGCUGUGGAAAUAUAAGCG